AUGUUUCGAUGUCAUGCCAUCCUUGAAAUGAUCAGAAAGGCGUUCUGGUGGGGGAACCCGGUGUGGGAUGUCAUCGGUCUGUCGCUGCCGACUUCGAUCUUCACCUAUGCUACCCUUUGUUAUUCUGCUUGCCUAACUCUCCUCCUGGCCCCUUCCGGGUACGCCGUGCCUCUGGGUUGCUGUCGUCAGGGUUUACGGUUCUGUAAAGCCUCUCAACAGCCUGCUGCCAUGAUGAGGAUCGCUAUCGCAGGAGGCGGCUCCUUUGCCUACAUCCUCGCCCAGGAGAUCUCCAAGAGUGCUCAUCCCGUUCUCAUUCUCACUCGACAGCCCCAUCCCGAAUUCGAAGAAAACAUUCCUUCCUGCCAGCUCGCCAUGGUAGAUUUCCAAAACGUCGAAGAACUGCACUACGUCCUUCGCGGCGUCGACCUCCUCAUCUCCACCAUGUCCAACAACGAGCAGCUCAACCUCAUCGACGCUGCCCGCCGCGCCCGCGUCCGGUGCUUUGUCCCCUCCGAGUUCGAGGGGCCGCUUUCCCACCGCCCACCGGCCAACGGAGUCGACCCGCUCGACAAUCGCGGCUCCCGCGCCGCUUUGGACCUUUUGGAAAGCUGGUCCCAAUCCCGCUCUCAUCGUAUGAACUACACCGUUUUCUCAUGCGGAGUCUUUAUGGAAAGGUUUGCCCGCGGUGGACUGCAGCCUUGGGGAAUCGGAACGCAGCUGGGGUUGAUGGGGCCGAUGCCAACGAGUGAUUAUUUGGUGAAUAUCGAGCAGGGCACGGCAGAGGUGGUGGAGCGGGAUGCCCAGGGACGAACGGCAUUUGUGGCUAUGACGAGUAUGUAUGAUGUUGCGAGGUUCGUGGCGGCGGCGGUGGAGUUGACGGGAGUGGGAGCGUUGGGAUUACCGUUGGAGAGGUGGCCGAGGGAGUGGAGGGUUAGAGGGGAUUGUAUGGCGGUGGGGGAGGUGGUAAGGGUUUGUGAGGCUGUGAGGGGUGUCCAGUUCAGCGUCACAAGACGGUCCUACCAAGAGGCCGAGGCCUGGGCGAAUGAAUGCCAACGUGCUGGCGAUGUGGGGACAUUUCUCUACUAUCAGAGGCUGUUGCAGACUGCUAACGGGCGGUAUUGCAUUCGCUCGACGAACCUUGGCGAGUUGGUUAAUCAGAGCGAGAGGACGGCUUUUCAGCCGAUGAGAUUCAGGACGUGGUUGGAGCAGGUUUGGGGACCUGUUCUGUAGGUGUCUUUAUGCGGAUAAGCUUACGAAAGGAUGUGGUAUGGGUUGAGCAUAUAGAGGUGGAGUUGAGGGAGGAUUACAUGGUGUUUUGGCAUACGCGUUGGAUCUCAUACCCCUUUUGUUUGGC